UGCGUGCUUGGCCGGACAUCACGUGUGCUCACUCACCGCGCUCACCGCCGACGUUACCGCACUUACCAGUUACGGUUACCGGAGUUACCAGUUACCGCAGUGAUAGUGCAGUGCAGUGUGAAGUGCUCUGGAUCGGCAGGGAUGAGCUGCUAAGUCCCUCGUCGCUGAAGAUGGUCGCGUGGAGACCGCGGUCGUGGCGCGGCAUUGCAGUCGGAGUAACAGAAGCAGCAGCAGCAGCAGCAACGCGGCAGUAGUAUGGAUGAAAAGGUGUCGGGCCCGGGCGGCGCGUCGCAGCGCAACUGGUCGCACCCGGUGUCGGACGAGCUGCCGCUGGACAUGCGCUUCAACCGCGGCCACCUGGUCUCCGUCACGGUGUACAGCGCGCUACUGGUGCUCUCCGCCGCCGGCAACCUCACCGUGCUGGCCCAGCUCGUGCGCCGCCGCCGCGCGCGACGCGCUUCGCGGUUAGACGUGCUGCUCAUGCACCUCGCCAUCGCGGACCUCAUGGUGACUUUCCUGAUGAUGCCGCUGGAGAUCGCGUGGGCGGGCACGGUGCAGUGGCUGGCGGGGGACGCGAUGUGCCGCCUCAUGAUGUUCGCGCGCACCUACGGCCUCUACCUCAGCUCCUUCGUGCUCAUCUGUAUAGCGGUCGACAGAUACUAUGCGAUCCUGAAACCCCUGAACGUGUCGUGGGAGCGGCGCGUGCGGCGCGCGCUGGCGGCGGCGUGGGGCGCGGCGGCGCUGGCCAGCCUGCCGCAGUCCCUCAUCUUCCACCUGGAGGAGCACCCCGACGUGCGCGGCUACUACCAGUGCGUGACGUACGGCUCGCUGCCCACCGAGCGCCACGAGUUCGCCUACUUCCUGCUCAACAUGGCGCUCAUGUACCUCGCGCCGCUACUUUCCACGCUCUACUGCUCCGCCGCCGCGCUACUCGAGAUCGUGCGACGCGCCAACACCACAGACAAGAUGCGUCGUCACGGCGUGGGCAUCCUGGGCCGGGCGCGCGCGCGGACGCUCAAGAUGUCCAUCACCAUCGUGCUGGUGUUCUUCACGUGCUGGUCGCCCUACUACUGCUACUGCAUGUGGUACUGGAUCGACAAGGAGUACGUGAGCAAGCUGGACCCGGCGUUCCAGAAAGCGAUGUGGCUGUUCUCGUGCACCAACUCCUGCGCGAACCCCAUCGUCUACGGCAUCUUCAACCGCAACCGCUGGUCCUGGCGCAGCAGGAACGGUCGGUGUCGUCACGGCGCACGGCGCGGCUCGCGCUUCCCGCACGGCGACUCCAUGGAGAUCUCCGCCGCCACGCUCGCCCGCGCGCGCUCCUCGCUCGCCUCGCGACGCGACUCGCACAACAACAACACGCCCCCCACCCCCACCCCCCACAACAACAACUUGCCCGCCGCCCCCGCCCCCCACAACGACACCAACGGCAAGCACAUCAACAACAACAACCACGCCGCCGUAUAGCGACGACAAUGCGCGCGCUGCGCCAAAUAGCGGCGAGUGCACAGACUGACGUUCGGUAGCUAAAAGUAUAGUGAGACUGAAUAAAACUUGUU